GAAUUUUCUCUUACGAGACAGUGAGUGUUGUGAUUGUGACGUGUUAUGACGAUUGAUUAUUAAUAUUGUGUUUGUGAAUGGAUCACAUUCUCUUGUCGUAAGGUCAUGCGCCGGUCGUGGCAUAUGCGCGCAUGGGCGUGCACGUGAUCAUCAGUGUAAAAAUGGCCCGCGACGUUGGGCUGUUUCUUUUGCUGUGUCUAGUGCGUUGUGACACUAAGACUGUAUUGCAGGACAAACUAGCGGGUGUCCGAACCGUGGACGUACAAGCCGUAGAAGGCAUGGUGGCACAGUUCCCCUGUGACCUCGGCACUGCAGCCAAUGAUAAAGUCUACAUGGUCUUCUGGUUCAGAGAUGAUGCUGGGAUACCACUUUAUAGUUUCGACGUCCGCGGCAAGCAUCUUUCAGAAGCCCGCCACUGGUCAGCGCCAGAAGUCUUCGGACCUCGCGCACACUUUUCGACAUCGCCCCCACCUGCCUCUCUCCUUGUGAGGGAUGUGAAGAGGCGGGAUGAAGGCGUUUACAGAUGUCGUAUUGACUUCCGGAAUACACAAACCACUAGCUUUAGAUACAACCUUACUGUUGUCGUGCCACCAGAAAAGCCUGUGGUUGUGGAUCGAUGGGGGCGGGUCAUCAACACUACGACCCUAGGACCUCACGAAGAAGGAGACGAUGUGCUGUUGACGUGUCGAGUCCUUGGAGGUCGACCUGAGCCCUCAGUUCGGUGGCUUGUUAACGGGGUCUUAGUGGACGAAGAGUAUGAACACAACACGGGUGAUGUUAUAGAGAAUAGACUAAUGUGGCCAGCGAUACGCAGAGCGGACUAUGCUGCCGUUUUUACUUGCCAAGCUGCGAAUUCACAUCUGGUACCACCAAAAGAAGUAUCCCUGGUUUUGGAUAUGUUUUUAAGACCAUUGACCGUAGAGAUUAAGAAGCCAGCUGAACUGGGUGAAGGAGGUGUCUUGACGUCAGAGAGGCGGUACGAAGUCUCCUGUGAAUCCGCGGGAAGCAGACCACCUGCAAUCAUCACCUGGUUCAAGGGAAAACGGCAAUUGAAGAGAAUAACGGAGGAGUUACGAGACAACUUGACCAUCAGUGUGAUGAGUUUCGUACCCACUCUAGAUGACGAUGGAAAGCCAAUCACCUGUCGGGCAGAAAAUCCAAACGUAACCAACCUUUUCCUUGAGACAACAUGGACUAUAAGUGUCGUAUAUCCACCGGUGGUAAAAUUAAGAUUAGGCAGCUCGCUGGCUGCAGGUGACAUCAAGGAAGGUGAUGAUGUGUACUUCGAGUGUCAUGUACGAGCCAACCCAAUGGUACGGAAACUGUCAUGGCUACACGAUGAUCGACCCCUCGCACACAAUGCAACCGCACGCGUGUUUCAUAGUAACCAGAGUCUCGUACUGCAGAAGGUGACGAGGUAUAGCAGUGGAAGAUACGCCUGCUCUGCACUCAAUGCUGAGGGGGAGACUGUCUCCAAUGAGCUGCAUUUUAGAGUAAAAUACGCUCCUUCAUGCCGUACUGGUAGUACUACUGGUGUAUCAGUGGUAGGGGCAGCAAGAGGAGAGUCAGUUGUGAUCGUAUGUGAGGUGGACGCGGAUCCACCGGCUGCAGUUUUCAAAUGGAAGUUCAAUAACUCUGGUGAAACAAUAGAUGUUGCUGCGGACCGAUAUACAUCAAACGGGAGCGCGUCUAGUCUCAAAUACACACCAGUAGCAGACCUGGACUAUGGCACAUUAUCCUGUUCAGCGUCUAAUGAAGUGGGAAACCAGCUGACGCCUUGCGUCUUCCAAAUGGUUGCAGCGGGCAAGCCCCAUGCACCGAGGAACUGUACGUUGUGGAAUCAAACAUCAGAUUCUGUCGAAGUGUCCUGUGUGGCGGGCUUUGAUGGGGGCCUGCCGCAGCAUUUUCUACUCGAAGUCUAUUCAGGAAACGAGGGGACACCCAGAAUAAAUCUUACAUCUGACGAGCCAAUGUGGACGGUACGGAGUCUCGAGUGGGACGUUCGUUUUCGUCUCGUAGCAGCAGCUGUCAAUAGCAAGGGUCGGUCCCCGCCCACACCCCUUGAAGAUGUACUGUUCAGAGACCCUGAGAAGAGAACAGCAUCAGAAACCACUUUGGGAGCCGGGGCCGCGGGUGCAGCGGGAGCUACAGUCAUCGGCGCUGGUGCUGCUUUAGCCUUAGCCGUAGCAGCAUGGCGUGCAGCAAGACGAAGGCGUGCUCCAAGAAAAGCUCCCCCGUCUUCUCAGCUUGAUAAACCAACAGAUCAUGACGAUGCCGAGCCGGAUCUUAUACCCAAUAAUUACUGUGAGACGUCCAGUGCUCCAUGUCUAGCGGUAUCCUCUCCGAAUCGGACGGCACCUGUACCAUUGUCUACACCUGCAUGUAACGGGCCGGGUGCAUCCUGGACCUGGGGUGCCAGAACCGCAAUCCCUGCUGUCUCCCUCGGCAGGAGCGCCUCAGCCUCGCUCAGGUCCUCACACACGCCUGCUACGGAUCUUAACGUCGACGCUAUCAAGGAGAAACUACUAGACAAUCGUAUACCGGAGUCGUGUGUAUAAAUUAGCGAAAUUGAUCUAAAUAUGAGAUAUUUAUUUGAAAUUUUACCUGUCUCUGUGGCCGUGCUGCCUAUGUAUAUAAUAUUUGUGUGAAAAAUGAUAAGCUCUCGUUGGUUUAAAGAAGUUUCAUAUAAAUACUUGCCGUAGGUGUUUACGACUCAAUGGCCCUAAGCGUGUCUCUCUAACGCAAAUACAAAGACAUGUUACGUAUACCUAUAGAUUACAGCCCCGCUCUAUAAUACUGAUUUAUUGUCUGGCACUAAGUUGCCAUUUAUAAAACCCAACUUUAGCCAUCUGUGGCGAUGAUGUUUUGGACCGUGAAUUUAUUUUGAAAUUAGAAUUAGAACAGACCCAACUAGAAACAUAUACAAUACAAAUGUAUUACAACUUUGUUAAAUUUCUUACGUCUCGAUGACGUUAUAAUUAAACACUUACCGUUUAAAUAUAGUCUUAAAUUAUAUUUAAAAGUACAGUUUUAAAAGAUUCUUUUGAUAACUGAAGUAAUCCCUGUGUUCAUAAAACGAAAUGAGUCAACUAAUCUUUCUGUCAAAUUGUGUUUACGCUGGGGUGGAAAGAGAUAGGUGAUUGCUUUAAUACGGUUCAAUUAGUCACAUUUUUAAAUCAAUAAAGUAAUGUUUCGCACGUAAUUAUAAAUCUUUAUUUAAUACAAAUAAAGACUUUUUACCAUCAUGUAUAGAGCCACGUCAAUAGACAUUUGCAUUUACAUUUAUAACUGAUUCAGUUGAAUUAUUGAGUUAACUAGAUUGUCUCUCUUCAUCAUAGCGUAAACGUAACUAGAAAGAAAGAAACAAGCAGCUAAAAUCGAUGUUUAAUUCCUUUAAGACAUAGGAAUAGAAAAUGAUAUGACAUAUUCCUCAACAUCUUAUAUCAACUUAUACAUAAUCAAUUUUAAUUCUUAUAAGGUUAUCGCAAUGUAACUGUAUUAGUAUACUUUUUGGGACAGAUUUUAUUGGCCAACAAUAACUUUGUUUUAGAUUUAUGAAAGAUGUGUUUUGUGUAUUAUUUUGUUUAAGAAUUGAAUUGUAUCAAAUUGUGUGAACACGUCCUUAACAAGAUAUACAGUCUACAAUACGCAGAGCGCAGUGCGGACAAUGCGGUGGUAUGUACAGGCCUAACUCUAUCAUGUUAUGUAAGUGGUAAUGUUUCCUUUUGAUUGAAAUUUUAGUUUACUCCGGACUUCUAAAUGCUCCAAACAUGAAGCGAGCGCCCGCAGUCGAAAAUGAUAUUUGCAAUAUUUUCGUUGAAAUAUCCGAUUUCCAAAGUUCCCUAUUGACUUUUCAUAUAACACAAACGAAUCUGAAGUGCAACAGAAACUUUCAAACAGUUUUAAUUACGUUAAACCGAAGACCGAUUUUACGUUUCAUUUAUCGAGUGCAUUUCAACUUUUCAUUUUCGAAAUUUCGAAAUCAGAUGUUUCUUUAACUCUUUCUGUUUCCAUUCGAUUUUCGAUGGUUGAUCGUCGACUGAGGUUUCUACCAAAAUAUUUCGCAAUUAGCAACACAAGUUAAUCAAUAAAAUUUUACAAAUCAGAGAGCAAUGUUGGCCUAGUGGCUUCAGUGUGCGACUCUCAUCCCUGAGGUCAUAGCUGCGAUCCCUGGCUGUGCA